AUGGCGACCUGCACCUUCCGUCAAGAUUUUGUCAACAUUUCCGACCUACACCCUAAUCUCUCUCGCCCAAGCAUAAUAGGCAUCGUAAUUGGGAAAACAGAUGUCAAAGGAUUUCCAGACCGAAAAAAUAUUGGAUUGGAGAGGUACACCUUCAGCUUCACAGUAAGAGAUUCGCCAUCCGCUUUCAUAAACGCCUCAUGUUGGGGUAGAGAAGAAUAUAUUAAAACGUUGUCUGACAGUUUCCGGAUUGCUGACUGCGUUAUAAUUGAAAACCCCCUCGUGCAAACAAAAGACGUAGAGAAGGAAGAAAAAUUUAAUCCUUCAACACCAAGUUACUACAAAUUGAUUAUCAGUGAAGUCCACUCCUUGGUGAAGAUAUGCUCCAAACAUGACACCGAUAACUCCCUGCUGUCUUUAUUGUCUAUUCCUCCCAAAGAUCCAAACGAUUACUAUUCACUGGGAGAUAUUGCAGCAAACGGACAAAGCUUGAGUGGAAAAAUCAUUAACAUCCUUGCCGCAGUAAGAUGGGUGGGAGAAAUGAAGACGUUUACCACCUCUGACAAAAGAAAAGGCCAGAGAUGUGAGGUGAAGCUGUUUGAUGACACCGUUGACUCAUUUGCAAUGAUCUGUUGGGAUAACGAGUCCAUCCAGCUGGCACAGACCUGGAUACCAAGAGAAACAGUUUUAUUUGCAUCAGAGAUCCGCAUAAAUUACGAUUCCUUCCGAAACUCAAUGGUCGCAACGGUUGUGUCAAAGACUAUUUUUACAACAAAUCCGGACAUGCCAGAGGCGCAUGCCUUAUUAACAUACGCAAGAGAUUGCAUUAAGAAUGGGCAUUUUGUGGAAGAAAAUGAGGAUCUUUUUGGAGACUCCAUAAAAUUGGAGACUGUAAAGGAUGUGUAUAUGGUGCAGCAGAUAAAAGACAGAGCUCUUCAGUCCACUGAUAAAAGCAAUCCCGUCUAUGGAAUUGUUUUUGGCUACAUUUCCAAGCUGAAUAUUGAUUCCACCAUUGACAAACUAGUUAGAAACAGGUGCUCACAAUGCCAUUACCCAGUCACAGAUCUAUCAAGAGGCUGCACCUAUACUUUCUGCAGCGAAACGUCCGCAGACCUUAAAUCUGUGUUCACAACUCUGGAUUUACAAGUGGACAUUACUGAUCACACCGGGACCCUGUCUGGUAACUUAUCCGGCAGCGCGGCAGAGGACACAUUAUCAUGCACCGUAGAUGGAUUUUUCAAUUUAACAGAAGACCAGAAGACAUCUUUGAAAUGGAAUUUUCUGCUGGAACGCUGCAAAAUCUAUUUGAAGGCUUCUACAGCAGGCAACUCAAGGAGCGGGCUGCGUGUCGCCAUUCUGUCCUGCAAAGCAGCAGAUCCCAUGGAAGCAGCGAAACACACCAAAGCCACCAAGGUUUAGUCAGCUUUUAUUAACCCUAACCUGUCCAUGUUCCUGCAGUCACCUAAC